UUGACCACUAUUGCGAAUGGGAUUCAGAGAUGGAGUACAGCAAAAGCUGAAUCCUCGGAGCCCAUUCUUCAUGGCCUCUCUCAUUUGUAUUCUAAAAUUGUUUUUAUUUUUUUUUUAUUAUUGUGUUGAUAAGUAAGGUAGCAAUGAAAUGCUGUAAAUCAAGGCUUUCGGUGUUUUUAAUCUAUUUUUGGAUUUUUAUUUAAGCCCAAAUAAGAAAUUGAUGAUUCCAAAAUUUCAAUUAUUCAGGCAACUUGAGAAACAUAUGCCCUUUUGCUUGGCAUUUUGAUGGCCAAUGAUGAUCCUGAUCAGCCUCUACUUUCAGAUGCGAAAGAUACUUGUUUAAAUGCCAAUGAGAAGAAAACCCUUCAAAGAAGAAGACUUGGGCAGUGUAAUAAUGCUUAUAUAUCAGAGAUCAGACAUCCAGAGAAAAAUGAGAACCAGUCACUUGAAUGGCUUGAAUCUUUCUUGGAGAAACAAAAUUUUAGUUUCAAGCAAGUAUUCAUUUUGUUAUUUGUCUAUUUAGGUUUAGGCACUUUAUGUUUCUUCUUUAUUAUGGAUCAGAUUGAUGGAAAGAAAACAUAUGGAUUUAUUGAUGCCAUUUACUUGUGUGUUGUGACUAUGACCACCGUCGGAUAUGGAGACCUUGUGCCCCAUAGCAUCCUGGCAAAGCUCUUUGCUUGUAUUUAUGUAUUCUUUGGCAUGGCUUUGGUUGGGAUUAUUCUCAGCAAGGCAGCAGAUUACAUUGUAGAAAAGCAAGAGUUUCUCCUGGUUAGAGCUAUAAAUAUGCGUGGAAAACUUGGUUCUUCACAAAUUCUUAAGGAGGUUGAAACCCAUAAAGUCAAGUACAAGCUACUCUCUGCUAUUGCCAUUCUCUUUGUGCUUAUAGUUGUGGGAAUUGCUUUCUUGUGUUUCAUUGAAAAUUUUGAACUUGUUGAUGCCUUUUACUGUGUUUGUUCCACAAUGACAACUCUUGGGUAUGGAGAUGAGAGCUUCUCAACUACAUCAGGUCGCUUAUUUGCUGUUUUCUGGAUAUUGAGCAGUACCAUUUGCCUUGCUCAAUUCUUUUGCUACCUCACUGAACUAUACACUGAAAUAAGGCAAAGAUUGCUCGUUAAACGUGUACUAACACGAAACAUGACAUCCUCAGAUCUUGAAUCAGCUGAUCUUGAUCAUGAUAAAGUUGUCAGUGCUGCAGAGUUCAUUGUGUAUUCACUCAAGGAAAUGGAGAAGAUAGAUGAGGGUGAUAUUUCAUUAGUGAUGGAGAGAUUCAAAAAGCUUGAUAUUGAUCAUUCAGGAACCUUGACAGAAUCUGAUAUAGUGCAAUCUCAUUCAUCUUAAUCUUAGAGCUUGCAAAAUACCAUUUUUGGUAAUUAGUCACAUAUAUUUGAGUAACAAGUUUACAUUUUCUCCAGUUAGAACUAGACAUCCUUGGAUAAUAUUAAGGAUAUAUUCUUUGUGUAUAUUAUUUAUUGGCAUUCUCAUGAAGCUGUAUGCUGAUGCUAAGAAACAAAAGCAUAUAUGUCUCUGCAACAAAAGGAGAUUGUUGC